AGCAGCAGGAAGGAGAAGGGCUGCUGAUUCUCCCUCCCCGUCCUCCUUCCAGCCCGCCGUCCAACAGGGAGAGUUCGCCCCAAGAUUCAAGGAUCCAGCCUGGCUCGUCAUCCCUCCCUUCCCCCGGAUCGAGCCGUGAGCAUCCUCCCCCUCCCGGGAGCAGAGGAAGCGGGCCAGCCGCGACCCUCACCGGCCUCCUCGACGCUUACGGAAAAAAGGUUCCAGGGAAUGCCUUGAUCUGCCCGUGGUCACUCAGCAGACUGCUUCACUGCACGGAGAAACAAGAAAGCAAAGGGAGAGGAAGGCAGGAUUUGAUCCUUUCAGGCUCUGUUGUUCUAGCAAGAUUUCAGAAGGUUAAGAAUUGAGAGUUUUCUCUGGAAAACCGAAGGACUAUUACUGGCCCUUGAAUUCUAGACGGGAGACGUGGACUGAAGAGAGAGGAAGCGAUGAAAGAGGAAGCGCCUGCACGCCCAGAACAGGAAGAAGAAACGAGAGACGUCGCUGGCGGGGUUCAGCCGGAAGAUACAAGAAAGCGGCCAGGAUGGGGACCAUCAGGAGAGGGGAAAUGGGAACCCGGUCAGGGGAUGCAAGAGCGCUGGGAAGCCCAGUGGCAGGAGUUCCUGAGGACCCUGCAGCCCAAUCACACAAAAUGGGACCCUCCAGUCUUAUCAGCGAGGGACCCCUGGGAGGAUACCAGGACCUUCCUGGCCUCCUUUGAGCAAGUGGCCACGGCCUGCUGGUGGCCAAAGGAAGAGUGGCCAGCCCGGCUCAUGCCGGCGCUCAGUGGCAUAGCAGAAGAGGCCUUUCAGAGCCUGGAAGCCCAAGACAAAGAGGAUUAUGGGAAAGUGAAGGCUGCCAUCUUGCAAAAGGAUGCCCUGCGGAUGGAGAAGCAGCGCCAGCACUUCAGGGACUUCUCCUGCCAGGAGGUGGAAGACCCUCGAAGCCUCCACCACCACCUCCAGGAGCUUUGCCACCGGUGGCUGAGGCCGGAGAGGCGCAGCAAGGAGCAGAUCCUGGAGCUGCUGAUCCUGGAGCAGUUCCUGGCCAGCCUUCCCCCGGACGUUCAGGGCUGGAUCCGGGCGGGAGGGCCCGACACGUGUUCCCAGGCCGUGGCCCUGGCGGAGGACUUCCUCGUGAGCCAGGAAGGGGCUGAGAGAGCAAAGUGGCAGGGGCUGAUAAAGGUGGAGGGAGACGACUCCUUGGAAAUGGAUUUGAAUGAAAUGAAGGAACAGGUCUUUAAAGAAGCUGGGCAAAAUGGCAGUGUUUUAGCACUUCCUCUUGAAGGUCAAAGAAUGGUUCAAAGUGAUGAGAGAGAGGAAAUGAUGACCCUCAGGGAAACGGGUGUGUCAUUACAAAUCGUCAAGCAGAAUCCUUCCCAGCCAGGCCAGGAGACCAUCCUUUGGCGAGUCCUGCAGGAGGAUGGCGGCAGCGUAGAUUCCUUGGGUGAGGACCUUGGUCACGAAAUGAUGACCCUCAGGGAAACGGGUGUGUCAUUACAAAUCGUCAAGCAGAAUCCUUCCCAGCCAGGCCAGGAGACCAUCCUUUGGCGAGUCCUGCAGGAGGAUGGCAGUAGCGUAGAUUCCUUGGGUGAUGAGAAAGGAGGUCUGGUCAAUAUGGAGAAUUCUCACUGUGAAGGGAAUGAGCUGAAGGGUACACGGAGGGCAGCCCCACAGAUAAGCCAAGUAAACGUGACAGAAACCACUGAGAUAAGCAAGGGGAGAUGUAGCUCCCAAGAGGUACUGGGAAAGCAGGUGAUAAAGAAAGAAGAUGAAUGCCGUGAGAUCAGAGACGAUGCCACAGUUUCCAUCAUACUGAAUUCACAUUUGGAUGGACAGCAGAGGACUGUGACAGGAGACAAUACAUCGAACAGCAGUUUUAAAGAAGGAACAACUAGAUCAAAAAGAAGUCGUAAUGGAGAGAAGCCAUACAAAUGUUUUCAUUGCGGCAAAUGCUUCACUCAGAGAGGGUACUUGAAGAUUCAUCAGCGGGCACACACAGAAGGAAAAGCCUAUAAAUGUUCUCAGUGUGAGAAGUGCUUCAGUCAGAAAUCAUAUCUAAAGACCCAUCAGAGAAUUCACAUGGAGGAGAAUCCAUACAAGUGUCCCGAUUGUGGGAAAAGCUUCAGCCGGAACGAACACCUCAAGAGCCAUCGGAUCGUUCAUACUGGAGAGAGGCCGUACAAAUGUCAGUCGUGUGACAGAAGCUUCAGUCGGAGCGAAUAUCUAAAGAACCAUGAGAGGAUUCAUACUGGAGAGAAACCCUUUGAAUGCUCCUAUUGUGGGAAGUUCUUCAAUCAGGCGGGAUAUUUGAAGAUUCACCAAAGAAUUCACACGGGAGAGAAACCGUACGAGUGUUCUCAGUGUGGGGAAUGCUUCACCCGCAGAGAUUACUGGAAGAGCCACGAGAAAACGCAUAGCGGAGAAAAACCCUACAAAUGUCCUGAAUGCGGGAAGGGUUUUUGCAGUAGUCAGCAGGUCAAGAAGCACCGGAGGACUCACAAUGCCGAGAAUGCCCAGAACGUGGGUAAAGAUUAAGGCAGAAGGAAUAUCUGGACCGUUAUAUAUCGGAGGGGGG